GCCCCGAGCACCUGCGUGCCGGGCUCUGCCGCGCACGCGCGCACACCCGGCCAGACAGUUGGUGGUGUGGGUUCGCUCCAGCUGUCCCUCUCCGCACGCCCCUCCGGGGCGCGCGACCCCGGUGUGACACCACGGCGCUUACGCGUUGCGGAGGGAGGCAGGGGCGCGCAGGCGCCGCAGGGAAGUAAGGCCGCGCAGGCGCGGACGGCGUUGGUUGAAGAAGACCUUCAGCGUUGCCCUAGCGGAGUACUUGCUCUCUGGGUGGAGAUAUGUGUAACACACCAACUUACUGUGACCUAGGAAAGGCUGCCAAGGAUGUCUUCAACAAAGGAUAUGGGUUUGGCAUGGUCAAAAUCGACCUGAGAACCAAGUCAUGUAGUGGAGUGGAAUUUUCUACUUCUGGUCAUGCUUAUACUGAUACAGGGAAAGCUUCAGGCAACCUAGAGACCAAAUAUAAGGUCUGUAACUAUGGACUUACCUUCACCCAAAAAUGGAACACAGACAAUACUCUUGGAACAGAAAUCUCUUGGGAGAAUAAGUUGGCUGAAGGGUUGAAACUUACCCUUGAUACCAUAUUUGUACCGAACACAGGAAAGAAGAGUGGGAAAUUGAAGGCCUCCUAUAAAAGGGAUUGUUUCAGUCUUGGCAGUAAUGUUGACAUAGAUUUUUCUGGCCCAACCAUCUAUGGCUGGGCUGUAUUAGCCUUAGAAGGUUGGCUUGCUGGCUAUCAGAUGAGUUUUGACACGGCCAAAUCCAAACUGUCACAGAAUAACUUCGCCCUGGGAUACAAGGCUGCAGACUUCCAGCUGCACACUCACGUGAAUGAUGGCACUGAAUUUGGAGGGUCUAUCUACCAGAAGGUUAAUGAGAAGAUUGAAACAUCAAUAAACCUUGCCUGGACAGCUGGCAGUAACAACACCCGUUUCGGCAUCGCUGCUAAAUACAAGUUGGAUUGUAGAACUUCUCUCUCUGCUAAAGUAAAUAAUGCCAGCCUGAUCGGACUGGGUUAUACUCAGACUCUUCGACCAGGAGUCAAACUGACCCUAUCAGCUUUAAUCGAUGGAAAGAACUUCAAUGCAGGCGGUCACAAGGUUGGGUUGGGAUUUGAACUAGAAGCUUAAUGAGGUUUUGAAUAAAGCAUUAGAUUUCUCCCUGGAGACGAAGAGAAAUGAACCCACUAUGUUUUGGCCUUAAAAUUCUUCUCUGAAAUUUCAAAAGUGUGAACUUUUUAUUCUUCCAAAGAAUUGUAAUCCUCCCGCACACUGAAGUCUAGAGAUUAGGAGUCCACCCAAGGGAGGUGCUGGAAGGCAUGCCUGGGAGUUGUCAUACCUGUGCCACAUUUCAGUUCAGUUCCGCAGUGUUAUUUUAAAUGUGAUCCUCAGCGACAGUGUAGAGUCACGUUGUAAAGGAGAUAACCCGAUCCUCCAGUUUGUAUAUCACGUCCUGCAUGUCCCACACGACUUUUUCAUGACCUUUUAAUAUAUUGAUCUCUGUGCUGUAGUGGAGUCUUUGGUUUUGCAUCAGAACAAAAUAAAAUAAACCCAUCACAUUUGAAAAUAA